AUGACUAAUCCAACCGCAUCUGAUCCAAUUGGUCCAGGACAUAUCAUGGUUCCUAAUGACUCUCCCGAGACUUCCGAAGAUAGAGCUACUAUUCAACAUGAUGAACAUAUCGCCCGUUUGACUCAAGAGAUUGAGGAUUUACGUAGUGAACUAACUCGGGUUAGAGACUUGACCAACUUAUCCAUCACACUCCAAAGUCCACUUCCUGGACCUAGGAGUACUACACCAAACCCACCUCGUUUUCCAUCACUUGAUUCACCAGUACCUGAACACUUUCCUCCACAACAACCUCCGCCCACCAACAAUAACCUUCCUCCAACUACUCCCGCAAAUCCACCAAAUUUGCUACCCGUCUACACUCCUCCACAGAGUCAACCACCUACUUACACUACCUAUGCUACUCCUCAUAAUCCACCAAUUGUCAACCCACAAAACCAACCUCCAACUCAUACUCCUCAUGUUUCUCUACCCACCAAUACUUAUCCACUACCUACAACUAAUCAUGUAAACCCAUCAAAUACACCACCUCCAAUCCAAAAUACGCCCAUUGUCCAAACUUAUACAACUCAGCAUAUACAAGGGGCACAUAUUGCCACUCCUUAUGUGCAACAUGUUCCUCAAGUAUAUGCGGUGGAAACUCAAGCCUUUACCAACCCAAUAUCGGUCAAGUUUCAACCCGAGGUAGAUCAAUAUGAGGAAAUGGAGAAGGAUGUCAAGGCAAAGGCCGAUGAUGUGUUAGCUAGAGAGAUUCGCGAUCUUAAGGAAGCAAUGAGAAAUCUCCAUACUACUAGGGGAAACAAAAGCCUAGAAUAUGAGGAUCUCUGUGUGCAACCUGACAUUGAUUUGCCUGUAGGGUACAAACUGCCAAAGUUUGAUACUUUCAAUGGAAUUGGUAAUCCUCAUACACAUCUAAGGGCGUAUUGUGACAAACUGGUAGGAGUGGGGAGAGACGAGAAGGUCAGAAUGAAGUUGUUCAUAAGAAGUUUAUCUGGUGAAGCUCUUGCUUGGUAUAUACAACAAGAUCUCCAUAAAUGGCGCGGUUGGAGUGAUAUGGCACAAGACUUUAUGGAUCGAUUCAAGUUCAAUACCGACAUCAUACCAGAUAGGUUCUACCUCACUAAGUUAAAGAAGAAGUCUACUGAGACAUUUCGUGAGUAUGCUCUACGUUGGAGUUCACAGAAAUCAUUAGAAUGGGAUAAAAUCUUGGAAGAAGGGAUCAAAUCAGGAAGAAUCCAAGACUUUACAGCCUUGCAUGCUGCAAGCAAAGCAAUUCAAUAUGGUUCUAUCAAUGGGAACAAAAAGAAAAAAGAAGAUGUAUCUGUUGUCAUGAUUGACCAAGGACGCAUGCCAGGUCAAGUUCCUCCCUACCCAAAUCAGCCACAUCAACCCAUUUACCCUUACCAAUAUGGUGAAGCCUCACAGGCUCUCUACCAUCCUCCAUCAACUCCUUACCAUGUCUACAACACCCAAGUGAACUACUAUCAACCUCGAGCUCCUACUUAUAAUCAACCACAUUCAUACCAACCACUCCAAGCUUCACCUUUUCAAAAUCGACCAUAUACCGCACCUAGAGGUCGUCCAAAUCAUGAAAUCAAAACCACUCGCAACUACACAAAAAUAGCCGAACCAUUAGCUCAGUUGUUCGAGAGGUUGAAGACAGCAGGUAUGAUACAACCGAUUGAAGGGAAAAUUCCUGAUCCCAUUCCAAAAUGGUUUGACGGUUCCAAGCGUUGUGCCUAUCAUUCUGGAGUUGUUGGACACGACACCGAGGAUUGCUAUGGUCUCAAAAACAAGAUUGAAGCUUUGAUUAAAGAAGGAGCAAUCCAACUUACUGGACCUCAGCCCAACGUGAACAACAAUCCUCUGCCUAAACAUGGAAAUGCUGAUGUGAACAUGAUAACGAUAGAGGAAAAUGUGGUGCUGAACGGAGACAUUGUGCCCAUUGGAAGGGUGAAAAAUAAUACUUUAUCGACCUUUGAUGCUCAUAUCAUGACAACCCAUGAACAAGCGUUGAUAGAGGUUACUGCUACAACAUCUUACAUGCCUCUCUGCAACAGCGAGACACCGACCAUUUGGGGUGCUGAACCAGAGGAGACUUUGAAGAAUUGGACUUGUACUCCGUCUCUGGUUCGCCGGGAGUCUUGGUAG